AAACAAAGCGUGCGUGCCCCGCACCCUGCAUCUGCUCGCCCAGCUGUUCCCGCUGCAGCUGGCCGCGCCGUCUCGUUCCGCCGCCGACGCGCUGCGCGGGUUCGAGGGAGAUGAAUAACGAGUGCUGUAAACUGUAAUCGCAUCGAGACCCUCCAGUUCCCCGUGCACGGCCCAUUCGCAGUCCGUAUCCCGACGCCGGCGGGCAACCUGCGAGCGACGAUGACGAGCAAGCGUAAGCGCGAGCGCGACAAUGAGUCCGAGCGACAAGUGAAGCGUCAGCGGCGCCGCAAGCGGUCACGCAGCGUGCCGCUGAUGAACGACCCGGACAGUGCCGAGAAGCGGCAAGCGCUGAAGCGCUUGUUUGGGCGGAUCUGUUCAGUGGAAAUGGAGAACGAGCACGGCCCGGCGGAUUUGUUUGACAACACGAGUGACGUCGACAGCCGGGACGCGUACGGGGACGAGAACGACGACCCGCUGCUGGACUCGGUGCCCGUGGACAUGGACCCGGAGCAACUCGGUUUCUUAGUGUGCGCUCAGGAGACGCUGAGGUUCCUGCACGGCCGCGGAAUCCCUAUCGAGCACCCGGUUUUUUCCCGGCUGCGUAUGCGCCUGCUGCGCGGCAUCGGCGAGAUGGCGAUGGCCUGAGUAAUGCUCGGCCCAGAGCCCUCCAGAAACUAAACCCGCUUCUGUCUUCACUCUUGGACGUUCCUCACUACUGUGGUCUAUUUAGUGUCAAUCGAUGUGAUCUCCCUAAACGAAGAACUACUCUAUUCCUAAUAUCGGGGCUCUGGUUAGUGCUUAAGGUGUGAAGUUGUUGUGUGUCGGAUGUCGAGGCAACAGGUGGCCCGCGAGGGUGUUCUAGUCAUUAACUAGUCAAUAAUGAAAUAUAUUUGUUAAACAAAAGAAGUAUUGAUAUUUAAUUAAAUGUAAUAAAUUCGUCCACGAAUUU